AUUGUGUUUUUUCUUUCUUUCAGAUCUUAUUGUUAGCAUCAUUCAGCAAAAUAUGGGAGGAAUUAAAGUAGAAGAAUGGAGAAAGCCAGAAAACGUUGUCCUGUUGCUACAGUGGAUCCACUAUGAGUCAGGAUUCCUGAUCUGCGCCAUCUUUGGAAUCGUGUUCGUGGUCCUCACGCCAAUCAUCGCCACCUGCUUCUGCAUGUGUCGAUGCUGCGACAACUGCGGUGGUGAGAUGCAUCAGAGGCAGAGGAAGAACGCAGACUGUCACCGAGGAUUCUUCACCGCCUCACUCAUCGCCACCACCAUCUUCAUCAUGUGAGUGCUCCUCCUCUCUUCGGCUGUCACCAG